AUGGACGUACAAAAACUGCAGAAAAUGCAAGCUGCAUCACGCACAGGCGGUAAGAACGCACCACGUCGUAAACAAGUCCGCAAGCCACACACCGAGGCUGAUGACCAAAAGAUUCAAGCAGCUUUGAAGAAGAUUAAUGUGCAGCAUGUUCCAGGUAUUGACGAGGUCAACAUGUUCAAAGAAGACGGCAAUGUAAUCCACUUCGCUAAGCCAAUUGUUCACAGCGCAGAAAGCGCCAACACUACGGCUGUUUACGGUAGAGCUCAGAACAAGGAGUUGACUGAACUCGUACCAGGUAUCCUUCCACAACUUGGUGCCGACUCGCUCGCCAAUCUCAGAAGACUCGCGGAGCAAUACCAGCAACUCACCCAAGCACAGCAGCAGCAGGCCGUCAACAAAGCUAAGGAGGACGGCAAUGACGAUGACGUGCCUGAUUUGGUCGAGAACUUUGAGAAUGGCGAUGAGAACAAGAAUGUUGAUUAG